AUGGGGGCUCUCACAGACCAUGCCUUAUGGCGUCCACCCCAAGACCUGGCAGCCCUAGACAAAUUCCACUCCAGCAAGAUAUUAGGCAACUUUCCCCCCAGGCGCCUGCCCCGCCCCACUUCCUCAAGUCUCUCCGCGGCCCUCGCCCCGGCAGCCAGCGCUGGUGCCUCUCUCCCUCCUCUCGAUCUUGACCUUGGAAUAAGCGAGGAGGAGGCCUCCAGGGAGGAGGAGGAGGCGCUGGUGGUGGAGGACGACAUGAUGGCGGAAGUGGCAGUGGUGGCGGAGGAGGAAGCCGAUGUGGAGCGGGAGCAGCGGGACAAACGGGCACAGCUGGGCCCUGGGCCCAUGACGCCAGAGUCUGCACUGGAGGAGCUGCUGGCCGUUCAGGUGGAGCUGGAGCCUGUUAGUGCUCGAGCCAGGAGGGCCUUUUCUCAGCAGAGGGAAAAGUUGGAGCGCAGGCGCAAGCCCCACCUGGACCGCAGAGGCACCAUCAUCCGGGGCAUCCCCCGCUUCUGGGCCAAUGUCGUAUCCUUUUCAGCACUCUUUCUGUUUGUCCAGUUGAAAGAUGCCCGAGGGGAACUGUAA